CCACUUCAAGUUUAUAACGUCUAUUCGCUAGUACGAUGUGUCGUGGCUACUUGUUGCAUGAGCAUAAUAGUGAUCUUGCCUACCAUGGAGAUUUACAUGGGCUGCACUGACGCGGAGCAGAAUAUAGACAGCCUUAUGUUGAUCUGUUGCGGCGUGCUCGGUGUACAGAAGACAAUUAUAUUUCGCAUUUACGCGGACAAUUUAAAAGCCAAUUACGGUGCUGCUUUAAAUGAUUAUAAGACAAUUGAAGAUGCAGAGCACCGUUUCAUUAUGCGAAGACACGCUUCUGUCGGGAGAAUUCUCUCUUGUUUCAUGGUGUUCUUCUCUUACUUCAGUGUAAUAAUUUAUUCGCUCAUUCCUCUCCUGGGCGAUGACCAAAGUUACCAGGUUAACAUAACGAGCGAAGACGCUGUAUUGGAAUACCCAAUGCCGUCAAGAUGUGCAUUAGAAUAUUUCAAUGCUCCGACGAGCAUUGACUUAUUUUAUAGAAUAAUCAGUCUUUUCGAAUUUAUCGUACUAAUACUUACGUGUACCUGUAAUCACGGUAACGACUCCUUGUUUCUCAAUAUAACGUUGCACGUUUGCGGUCAAGUGAAAAUUCUAAAAGCUCGUUUCAUUGACUUUGAUGUUACAAAACCGCAAGUCUACGAUCGUUUAAACGCUCUAAUUCAAAGGCAUAACCAUUUGAUAGUGUUAGCCAAGAAACUUGCCAGUACAAUUAGUACUGUUUUGCUGACGCAAUUAUUUAUUAGCAGUCUACUUUUGUGCAUAAUGGGAUUUCAAUUUAUUCUAGCGUUAAAAUUCAAUAAUCCUGUUAUGAUGGGGAAAAGCUUUAUGGUACUGUGUACCAUGACAACACAAGUGACGGUAUAUAGUGUUGUCGGGGAUUAUUUAAAGUCCCAAAUGGAAGAAAUUGGACUUUACAUUUAUCAAAGUACUUGGUAUGCUCUUCCUGCAAAAUUAAUGAAACACUUAGUUUUUAUUAUUAUGCGGACACAAUCUCCUACCAAGCUGCAAGCUGGAAAUUUCGUUGUAGUAAAUCUGGCAACUUACAUGAGCAUUCUGAAAACGUCAAUGUCGUAUUUAUCUGUACUCCGCGUGAUGAAAACACUGUCACUGCAACAAUGCACGUUCCCUUUAGCGUCAUUCUGCUGUUACAACUUCUCCACUACUGUCUCGCUGCACUCCACGGAACAGUAUGGGAAGGUAUUACAGCCGUCUAUAGGCAGUGAUUCACUUUUUCUCGCGAUUACUCUGCAUGUUUGCGGUCAAAUGGAACUUUUAAGAAAGGAAUUUACUAAUUUUGGUGUGAAACAAAAAAAUAUAAAUGAAGAUUUUUCAAAAUUAAUGGAAAGACACUGUUAUCUAUUGGAUCAUGUGGAACUUCUGAUCCAAGCAAUUAAUUUUGCUUUAUUACUGCAAUUGCUUGUUAGCUGCAUUCUUAUUUGCGUAAUGGGUUUCCAAUUUCUCGUGGCGUUGAAUAAUAAUGACAUAGUAAUGUUAAUUAAAACUGGAGCGAUAUCAGUUACUUUGCUGUCACAGUUAUUUGCCUAUUCUUACGUGGGCAAUUAUCUGAAGUAUCAAACGGAAGAAACUGCAUAUUCGAUUUACUGCUGCAACUGGUAUUACUUAUCGGUUAAUUUGAUGAAGAAUAUAUUAUUCGUCAUCGCACGAUCGCAACAUCCCAUUCAAUUAGCAGCUGGCAAAUUUUUCGUCAUUAACAUUGAGACUUACAUGUUUAUAUUAAAAACUUCUCUUUCAUAUUUGUCCGUGCUACGUGUAAUGCUGGAGUGA